AUGACGAUCCCAUGCCCAUCCUGUCAUGCGCUGCACUGGCCUGCCGAGAAGCUGAAGAAAAGUCCGGUUCGCGAUCCUCGCUUUGGCACAUGUUGCGACAGCGGUCAGGUCAAUCUGCCGUUUCUCGCAAAACCGCCACCCCUCCUGUACUACCUAUACGAAUCCGAUGAUCCCCUCCCCCGCGCUUUCCGAAAACACAUACGCCAAUAUAACAACGCGUUUGCCUUCACAUCGCUUGGCGUCAAUGAGGAUCGUGCGUUGAACAGGAGGGGUGGGAGCGCGUGGGUCUUCCGCAUUCACGGCGAACUCUGUCACCUGUCCUCAGCGCUCGAGCGAACCGAUGGGCUUCGCCCGUGCUUUGCGCAAGUGUACAUCUACGACCCCUCCGUAGCCCAUAGCAAUCGUGUGGCAAACAAUGACAAUCUCGAUCCAUCGCUUCUCAUGGAACUCGAGGUUGAACUGCGCGCGUCCAACCCCUAUGCUGCCAUGUACAUGCAUGCUCACGAAUUUCUGGCCUCACACGUUACCCAUGAUGCUCUCAUCCGCCUUCGUGUCACACCAGGCUUGGAUCGUCGGCGAUACAACCGCCCAACCGCUGAAGAGGUUGCCAUGAUCCUUCCUGGAGAUGACAGUGCUGCGCAGAAAGGACGAGACAUCAUCCUCCGCCGCAGGACUCCUCUUGGAGGCAGUAAUCUCUUCCGCAUAUCUGAGCUUCACGCAGCAUACGCACCUCUUCAGUUUGUGCUCUUAUUCCCUCGAGGCGAGAGCGGAUGGCACGACGAACUUCGCAUGCAUCAGCCAGCUACGAACAAUCCGCUGCGCCUCACACAGAUCCGUCACGCUGCUUUUCGCCUGCAGGUCCGACCGCUUCACGUCGAGUACAACACCAUCCUCCGUGGCGGACAGCUCAUGCAGCAGUACGUCGUCGACAUGUGGGCUUCGGCGGAGCAGAAUCGAUUGAACUUCCUGCGCGGCAACCAGUUGCUUCUACGUGCUGAACUGUACAAUGGUGUCGCAGACGCCAUCUGUUCUGCUGACAGUGGCCACAUCAACAUGAAUACUGUUGGCCGCGUCAUUCUUCCCUCCUCUCACGUCGGUGGUCCGCGCGACCUUCAGCAGCGAUACCAGGAUGCUAUGGCUCUUGCUCGCUUCUAUCGCAAGGUUGAUCUCUUCAUCACGCUCACUGCGAACCCG